AUGGACACAGAUAGCAUGUAUAUGGCGCUUGCCGGUGACACCAUUGAUUCCCUGGUGAGGCCAGAACUCAAGGAGCAGUUUCUACAGGAACGCGGGUUAUGGUUGGUUGCCGAUGGGGAUGAAUACAACGAGAAGACCCCGGGGCUAUUCAAGAUAGAGUUCACCGGGACAGCGCUGAUUGCCCUGGCACCCAAGAUGUACUUUGUGGUUGGAGAUGAAGAGCAGUUCCUACGGAGCAAGAAGCGCAGCAAGGUGAGCUGCAAGGGGACCAAUAAGAAACAGAAUGUCGAUCUUCUGACCUACGACAAUUUCAAAAAAGUAUUGGAUGGACAAAUCAAGAAAGAGUUCAUACAAAUGGUCAACAAAGGUUUUAGAUGUUACAGGACGCAGUUGUACCAAUAUGAACAACGGCGUGAAGGCCUCAGCAAUAAACAAGAUAAAAGGAGGAGAUUACCAGAUGGGCGCCGAACCUAA